CUCGUUGUUAAAGCACUCACCACUGCGUACUUUAGCAAACCUUUCCGUCUGCAUCUUUUUCGCCAUUAAAAUUUACCUCCAUUUGCCUUCUUCUCUUCAAUGCCACUCCUUCUCCAUUCAUCUAAUCUAUUCUUAUUUGUGUAUUCUUAUUGGGUUUCAUUCAUAUAUGCUCUUCUCCUCUCUGCAACAAUCAUAGGAAUAGUGGAAUAAAGGGAAUAGAGGAAUAGUGGAAUUUUCACAUACACCUAUCAAUUAGGAAGAGCAAUGGCUCCUUCGAACCCAACAUCGAUUUCUACGUCGCAGAAGAUUUUCCCCUUCAAAGGUUCCGAUACCAAAUGUAAGGAAGCGAUACGAAGCCUGCCCUUAUUUCGGGCUCACAAGAAAUAUAAGUCCUUGAAGGAGAUAAUGGAAAUGGCACCGUACGCAGUGAUUCCUCGAGAUUACAGUGAUGCGGGGUGCGAGGAAUGUGGGUCUGGUGAUCGAGCUGAGGUGAUGCUUCUCUGUGAUAAAUGCGACAAGGGAUUUCAUAUGUUCUGUUUGAGACCCAUUGUUGUUCGGGUCCCCUCUGGCCCUUGGUUUUGCCCUCCCUGUUCUGGCCAUACUCGAGUACGAGGAUUUCCUCUGAGGCAGACGAAGAUUGUCGGUUUCUUCCAGAUUCAAAAACAUUCUGAUGCUUCUGAUAAAUGUGCUUCUCCUCAAGAUACCAGGAAGCGUAGGAGGCGUUGUAAAACACUAGUUAUGUAUAAGAAAAAGAGGAGACUAUUGCCAUUUCAUCCGACAGAAGAUCCUAAGCGCAGGUUACAGCAAAUGGGUUCCCUUGCUACUGCUUUAACAGCACUACACAUGGAGUUCAGCAAUGACCUAACUUACAUGCCUGGCAUGGCCCCAAGGUCUGCCAAUCAGGCCAGGUUUGAAAAGAGUGGCAUGCAGGUUCUUUGUAAGGAAGACAUAGAAACAUUAGAGCAUUGCAGAGCCAUGUGCGGAAUAGGAGAAUGGCCUCCACUUGUAGUAGUCUUUGAUUCAUGUGAAGGUUUCACAGUGGAGGCUGAUAGUCACAUAAAAGAUAUGACAUUAAUCACAGAAUACACAGGUGACAUUGAUUACAUUAGGAACCGGGAACAUGAUGAUUGUGAUAGUAUGAUGACCCUCCUUUUAGCAAAAACUCCAUCUGAUAGUCUUGUUAUAUGCCCUGAUAAACGGGGAAACAUUGCUCGUUUCAUCAAUGGCAUCAACAACCAUACUCCGGAGGGCAAGAAGAAGCAGAAUCUUAAAUGCGUCAGGUAUAAUGUGAAUGGUGAAUGCCGUGUCCUAUUGGUUGCCAUUCGUGAUAUUGCUAAGGGGGAGAGACUAUACUACAAUUACAAUGGAUAUGAGCAUGAAUAUCCAACUCAUCAUUUUGUCUGAGUUUCUCUAUAACUCCAGUCAUUAGAUCAAAGAAGUCUAUGAAUUUGACAAGAUGGUUUAAAUCUGGAUCCUCCUCUGGGAUUUAUUUUAACACUGGCAUCGAUUCUUUCAUCACUUAUUAACUCAUUGUGUUCUGAAACCAGCUUCAUUCAUUUGCUGAUAUAUAUUUUUCUAGGACACAUUGUAUAUGUCAUACGUAGCCAGCUCAUUCUUGGCCAUGACAGGGUAGGACUGACUAGGGGAGUUUGUAUUUCUUGGUUCUAUGAAAUUUAGUUCCUUGAAACUUUUUUUUCCAAGACGUAGUUGUCGAUUUGAACUUGCUUCCGACAUUACAUUUAUCCUUAGAAGCUUUGCUUUCCCUUCUACUUGUCCCAUAUGUUUGCAGCUCUGCCAAUUUGAACACUAAAUUUGACCUUCCAUAAUGAAAUUAGAGUUUGAUA